AUGAUUGAUUUGUUGCAGCAAAAGAUAGUUAUCAAGACGCAACUGCACUGUGACAAAUGCAGAACCAAGGCUAUGAAGAUUGCUGCAGUAGCAAAUGGCGUGAGCUCGGUGGCGAUAGCAGGGAAAGACAAAGAUCAGGUUGUGGUGACUGGAGAAGGAAUUGAUUCAGCAAACUUGACCUGUUUACUAAGGAAGAAACUUGGGUAUGCAUCCAUAAUCAGUGUGGGAGAAGCCAAAGGAAAAGAUGAGGAUAAGGAGAAAAAUCCCGAGGAUAAGGAGAAAAAUCCCGACAUCUGCAAAUUCACUUCAUCAAGUUGUUGUCGAUGUCCAGAGUGUACCCUGUGCUAUGAAGUGGUUUAUGAUCCGAACCCAACUAUGAUCUGUUCCAUCAUGUGAUACCAAUAUUCAAUUUAUUAUUAU